AUGUCGCGGGCAGUACUGCAGCCCAGCCAGCAGAAACUGGCCGAGAAACUCACCAUCCUCAACGACCGGGGGGUCGGCAUGUUAACCCGCAUCUACAACAUCAAAAAGCAAGGACAAGUUUGGAAGGCAUGUGGGGACCCCAAAGCAAAGCCCUCUUACCUGAUCGACAAAAACCUGGAGUCGGCUGUGAAGUUCAUUGUGAGGAAGUUUCCAGCCGUGGAAACGCGCAACAACAACCAACAGCUUGCACAGCUACAAAAGGAAAAGUCUGAAAUACUAAAGAAUCUAGCUUUAUAUUACUUCACAUUUGUGGAUGUUAUGGAAUUUAAGGACCAUGUUUGUGAACUGCUAAACACUAUUGAUGCUUGCCAAGUUUUCUUUGACAUUACUGUAAAUUUCGACCUCACGAGAAACUACCUUGACUUGGUUGUGACCUACACUACACUGAUGAUCCUGCUCUCUCGGAUCGAAGAGCGCAAAGCCAUCAUCGGCCUCUACAACUACGCGCAUGAGAUGACGCAUGGGGCAAGUGAUCGAGAAUACCCAAGGCUUGGACAGAUGAUCGUGGACUAUGAGAAUCCUCUGAAAAAGAUGAUGGAGGAGUUCGUCCCACAUGGAAAGUCCCUUUCGGAUGCGCUGAUCUCUCUGCAGAUGGUGUAUCCCCGCCGUAACCUGUCUGCUGACCAGUGGAGGAACGCUCAGCUGCUGAGUCUCAUCAGCGCUCCCAGCACCAUGCUGAACCCAGCACAGUCUGAUACGAUGCCGUGUGAAUACCUGUCUCUGGAUGCCAUGGAGAAGUGGAUAGUGUUCGGGUUCAUCCUGUGCCACGCGGCUCUGAACACUGACCCUGCCGCCCUCAGCCUGUGGAAGCUGGCUCUUCAGAGCAGCUCCUGUCUCUGCCUCUUCAGGGACGAGGUCUUCCACAUCCACAAAGCUGCUGAAGACCUGUUCGUGAACCUUCGCGGCUAUAACAAGCGUGUCAACGACAUCCGCGAGUGCAAAGAGUCGGCGCUCUCGCACGCAGGCUCGAUGCACAGGGAAAGGCGCAAGUUCCUGCGUUCUGCCCUGAAGGAGCUGGCCACCGUUCUGGCCGACCAACCAGGCCUGCUGGGCCCAAAGGCCCUGUUUGUGUUUAUGGCUCUUUCUUUCGCUCGAGACGAGAUCAUCUGGCUGCUCAGACACGCAGACAACAUCCAGAAGAAAAGCACAGACGACUUCAUCGACAAGCACAUUGCAGAGCUGAUCUUCUACAUGGAGGAACUGAGGGCUCACGUGCGGAAGUAUGGGCCAGUCAUGCAGAGAUACUACGUCCAGUAUCUGUCCGGUUUCGAUGCCGUCGUGCUCAAUGAGCUUGUACAGAACCUGUCGGUCUGUCCAGAGGAUGAAUCGAUCAUCAUGUCUUCCUUUGUGAACACGAUGACUUCUCUCAGUGUUAAACAAGUGGAGGAUGGUGAGGUGUUUGAUUUCAGAGGGAUGAGGCUGGACUGGUUCCGACUGCAGGCCUACACCAGCGUGUCCAAGGCUUCGCUGGGCAUUGCAGACCACCGUGAGCUGGGCAAGAUGAUGAACACCAUCAUCUUCCACACCAAGAUGGUGGACUCUCUGGUGGAAAUGCUGGUGGAAACCUCAGACCUCUCCAUUUUCUGUUUCUACAGUCGGGCGUUUGAGAAGAUGUUCCAGCAGUGUUUGGAGUUGCCGUCUCAGUCUCGUUACUCCAUCUGCUUCCCUCUGCUCUGCACACACUUCAUGAGCUGCACGCAUGAGCUCUGUCCUGAAGAGAGACACCAUAUUGGAGACCGCAGCCUGUCUCUCUGUAACAUGUUCCUGGAUGAGAUGGCCAAGCAAGCUCGCAACCUCAUUACAGACAUCUGCACAGAGCAAUGCACCCUGAGUGACCAGCUACUGCCAAAACACUGCGCCAAGACCAUCAGUCAGGCCGUGAACAAGAAGUCGAAGAAGCAGACGGGGAAGAAGGGAGAGCCUGAGAGAGAGAAGCCCGGAGUGGAGAGCAUGAGGAAAAACAGACUCCUCGUCACCAACUUGGAUAAACUGCACACAGCGCUGUCGGAGCUUUGUUUCUCCAUCAACUAUGUACCCAACAUGGUGGUGUGGGAGCACACCUUCACCCCACGUGAAUAUCUCACCUCACACCUGGAGAUCCGCUUCACCAAGUCCAUAGUGGGAAUGACCAUGUACAACCAGGCCACACAGGAGAUAGCCAAGCCAUCUGAGCUUUUGACCAGCGUGAGGGCCUACAUGACUGUGCUGCAGUCUAUUGAGAACUAUGUGCAGAUCGACAUCACCAGGGUGUUCAACAAUGUGCUGCUGCAGCAGACGCAGCACCUGGACAGCCAUGGAGAGCCCACCAUCACCAGCCUCUACACUAACUGGUAUCUGGAGACUUUGCUUCGGCAGGUGAGCAACGGUCACAUAGCUUACUUCCCUGCAAUGAAGGCUUUCGUCAAUCUGCCCACUGAGAACGAGCUUACCUUCAACGCCGAGGAGUAUUCCGAUAUUUCAGAAAUGCGUUCCCUUUCGGAGCUGCUGGGUCCAUAUGGGAUGAAGUUCCUGAGCGAGAGCCUGAUGUGGCACAUCUCCUCCCAGGUGGCCGAGUUAAAGAAACUGGUGGUGGAGAACAUGGAGGUUCUGACCCAGAUGAGGACCAGCUUCGACAAGCCUGAUCACAUGGCAGCACUGUUCAAAAGACUUACGUCUGUGGACAGUGUGCUGAAGAGGAUGACCAUUAUUGGGGUCAUCCUGUCCUUCCGCUCCCUGGCUCAGGAGGCGCUGCGAGACGUGCUGUCCUGCCACAUCCCAUUCUUGCUCAGCUCUGUGGAAGAUUUCAAGGACCACAUUCCUCGAGAAACAGACAUGAAGGUGGCGAUGAACGUGUAUGAGCUGUCGUCAGCAGCAGGACUGCCCUGUGAGAUUGAUCCGGCUCUCGUGGUGGCUCUGUCCUCCCAGAAGUCCGAGAACAUAAGCCCAGAGGAGGAGUACAAGAUUGCCUGCCUGCUGAUGGUGUUUGUGGCCGUCUCCCUGCCAACCCUGGCCAGCAACGUGAUGUCUCAGUACAGCCCAGCGAUUGAAGGCCACUGCAACAACAUCCACUGUCUGGCUAAGGCCAUUAACCAGAUUGCCGCUGCGCUGUUCACCAUCCACAAGGGCAGCAUUGAGGAUCGUCUGAAGGAGUUCCUCGCUCUUGCCUCCUCCAGCUUGCUGAAGAUUGGUCAGGAGACAGAUAAAACCACCACCAGGAAUCGCGAGUCUGUUUAUCUUCUCCUUGACAUGAUUGUCCAGGAGUCUCCAUUCCUCACCAUGGACCUGCUGGAGUCCUGUUUCCCCUACGUGCUGCUCCGGAACGCCUACCACGCCGUGUACAAGCAGUCCGUUUCCGCGUCCGCGUGAGUCGAGCGUCGCUCAGAGACGUGGACCAGCGUCAUUCCACACACUCCUGUAGGACCAUCCGGUCUUACAGUCUAACCAGUGCAAGACUUCAUAUGGGAUCAAACCUUCUUCAAAACUCUAAAAGAAACAAAAUAGAAAGGAUAAAAAAAAAGAUAGAGAGCAAGUUGUUUAUUGACCAGUUACAAUAAUCCUGGAGUUUGGUUGUCAGGGACUAGUAACACUAAAUAUAAUUUUUGAUCCGAUUU